CUAUUGACCUUAAUUAAAGGCUCGGAACCACAACUCAACUGGCUGAUAUCCAGAAGAAAACUUCAACUCCGUGAAACCUUGGCCCAGGCAACACACGAACUAAUCCAUCCGGCAUAAAAUGGCCGCAUACAUGAAAGCAAUUGAUGUCCAUGGCGGCAAAGGCGACAGUGAUGCGUUGUUCAUCAAUCAUGAAACCCCGAAGCCUCGGCCUGCUGAAGGCCAAGCACUUGUUCGUGUCAAGGCAUUCGGGAUCAACAGAAUGGACAUUAUUCAACGCCAGGGCUGCUACCCAUUGCCCCCGCAAGCACCCACGACCCUAGGGGUCGAAUUCAGCGGCAUAAUCGAAUCUUUCGGGUCCGGGGACCACGGAAACGUCGAGAAGGGUGAUGAAGUCAUCGGCCUUGCCUAUGGUGGUGCAUAUGCCGAGUACAUUGCCGUCAGUACACGGAUGCUCCUCCAUAAGCCCCCGUUCAUGAACUGGGUUACAGGUGCGGGCAUCCCAGAAACCUGGAUUACCGCAACGCAAGCAUUGCACCAAGUUCUCGACUUUGUCAAAGGGAAGUCGAUCUUAUGGCACGCAGGUGCUUCUGGCGUAUCUAUCGCUGGUAUUCAGCUGUCCCGUCUGGCUGGCGCUGCCAAGGUCUUUGCUACAGCCGGAUCAGAAGAGAAAUGCGAUUUAAUUACAAAGGAGCUCGGAGCUACAGCUGCCUUCAACUAUAAGACGCAGAACUGGAUGGAAGAAAUCAUGCGUCACACGGAGAAUAAGGGGGUCGACUAUAUUGUCGACUUUGUCGGCGGAGGGUACUUCCAGCAAAAUAUAUCGGCCGCAGCACGGGACGGGCGGAUCGUCAUCCUUGGGACUCUGGGUGGCGAUAAAGUCCCCGAGGCGGAUAUUUCGCAAAUCUUAUACAAACGGCUGCGCAUUGAAGGGAGCACGCUUAGGAGCCGUGACGAAGAGUACCAAGGCAGACUACGGAACAAGUUGGAGGAGUAUCUCCCCAGCUUUGAAUCAGGGAGGCUCAAAAUUUACAUAGACAAGGUCUAUCCGUGGGAAGAGAUUCGGGAAGCCCACAAGCACGUCGAAGAGUCAAAAAACGUGGGCAAGGUUAUCUGCACUGUUUAUUAACCUUCAUAUAUUUGCUUAUUAAAUUGGAAAAAUUUGUAUCAGCCAUAGCAUCAGGCGGAGGCACAGGAUAAUUCAUCGUUGC